CAAGCAAGCAAAUGGCAUACAACAUAGCAGCAGUGAGUGGAAGAAGAUAGCUUUUUAAAAGAACAUGGAGAAAAGCUUGCCAGCUCGUUGUCUCUCCACCCUCUAACUCCUCAUGUGAUGAGAGAGAGAGGUAUAGACUUUUCACUCCUCUCAUUGCUCUCUCUCUCUCUCUCUCUCUCUCUCUCUCUCUCUCCUUAAAAGGCAUCCUUUGUCUCUCUACACUUCCUCAACUCUGCCUUUUUCUGUUUGUUCUGCUUUACUGACAUUGAUCUAGCAGUAACUAGCAACCGCUUCCCCUCUUAAACCCAUCUACUAUUUUGAUUCUUUGAGAAUUCCUGGGGACUCUUGGAGUACUAAAUGUCUGUGGAAAAAAUGGGCAGUUUCAGAUGAAACCUUUGAGUUCAAGAGGUUUUGGGAGUUCAUGAUUAGUUCUAAAGCUUCCAGUUUGUUGGGUUUUCCUUUGGGUUCACUUCUCUUCCAUCAAGUAGGAUUGUAAAUGUGUUAAUGGGAAUAGAGAUGGAGUUGGAAUAUGACAAAUAUUGCAGAGUUGAUGGGAGCCUGGAAACUGUUCUUCCAUCUUCUCGGCCCCAUUCAGAAGUUGAUAAUAGAAGAAGCAUUAAAGGAAAACUUCCGCCUCCAAACGUUCUAUUGGGUUUAGAAGAGAACUUUGUAGAGAUUAAUUUCCGUUGCAAUCGUGGUACAUCUAGGCAAAUCAUUCCAUAUCCAGGGUUAGAGGGAAAUGAUGUAGUAGAUCGCGACUCUCUAUGUCAAAGCUCCACAGAAAUAAGGAAGUUGAAGAAGAUUGGAGCUGUGGAAGGUAGGAGAAAAAUUGACUCUAUGUUUAGCUCUGACGACGAUAGCUCCCCAACGGAAUGGAAAAGAUCUUCAACGAUGUUGCUAAAUCAAGAAUUGAUCACCGAUAGCAGAGAGGAUCACUCUGCUGAAAAUGUAGAAAUAGAGAAAGUAAAGGAUCCAAAGUUCAGAUCCAAUCCGAAUGUUGGUCCUAUCAGCGAUGGUAACGGCUUUCAGAAAAGAGAUGGUGCUCUCAUUUCUCACGAGUCGCUAUCUGCUAAACUGGCACUACCCCAUUCACCUUCUCAAUCGGAGAGUGAAAACUCUGGACCCAGCAGUCCAAAGGUGCAGUUCAGACCUUUCAGAAAGAUGUUGGAUCCAAACAUUAGGGGCAAUUCCACAUUGAGGAAAUCUCUACCGAACGAUUUCUCAAACACUUUCCAACUCGGUUCUCAGUUUGUGAAAAAAGACCUUUCUACUUCGGCUGUUCCAAGCUCACCGGCUUGCUUGCAUGGGCGCCUCAAAUUGGAAAACAAACAUGGGGCACCACUUUUUGAGUUCUCAUUGAAGUCCCCAAAAGACCUUUUUGUGGCCCGGACAUGGAAAACAGACAAUGGUCUGAAUCGGGUAUACACUUUUCACUCUUUUCAAAAUAGAAGGAAGAGUAGUGCUAGUAGUGGAUGGGGAUUGAAAGAUAGUAAAAAAGCGUCCUCUAUGGUGGGGCAGAUGCAAGAAUCCAGUUAUUUGUGUACGGAGCUAAAAGAUACUGCCGGGGCUUUCAACAAGUCCUUGGCAACUGAGUUCGUGUUAUACGAUAUUGCACAUGCAAGAAAGAGUGUUGCUGCUCAUGAAAGCCCUAAAAAGUCCAGUAAAAGUGGUAAAUCGCCUCCGGGCCCUUGGGAACCUGCAGAUUUGCAUCCAUGCCUUGAAAUAGCAGCAAUUGUCAUACAAGUUCCAUUCCGAACAGGGGAAAGUUUGAUGUUCAAGGGAAGGGUUGCAAAGAGUGAUCAACAGCAUCAGAACUUACUUGAUCUGUCUGCAGUAAAUGUGGUCACUCCUUGUGGAAACCAUGGUUUGCCAAGUACUGAUAGCCUAGGUCCUUCACCAUUGCUUGAUCGAUGGAGGUCAGGUGGAGGCUGCGACUGUGGUGGUUGGGACAACGGAUGCCCCCUUACUGUUUUUGGCAAUCCCCGUAUUCACAGUGCUGACGAUCACCGGUUCAUGGACAAUCAUCCGCCUUUGGAACUUUUUGUUCAGGGAUCAAAAGAAAAUUCACCAGCAUUGAGAAUGAGAGUCACUGAACAGGGAUGGUACUCAGUCGACUUCCAUGCACGAUUAUCCCCGUUACAAGCAUUCUCUAUCUGUGUUGCUAUGUUGCAUUGUACAAAAGCCUCGAUUGUUGUUGGCCCCCAGAUAGAUAAUCUGUUGUCGAAAUGCAAUUCACCGACAGUGUUCACCGGGGAGGAAGUUACAAAUUUUCUUGAAGCAGGCCAAGAGAAGGAAAAGAGGAAAGUCAGUAAGAAGAUUGAAGAAAUCCAACCAUCUGUCAAACUCAACCCACCGUUUUCUCCUAUUGCUCGGGUAUAGAAGAUCCUUUCGCGAUGUUACUGUCCACAUAUAUAUAUACCGUUACUUUUCCCUAAAUAGCAGAAUUUAAGCAACGCGCAAUGCUGUCAUUACUGUCAAUAUCCUCUGGCCCUUUGGAAUAUGAGAGAGGGAGAUUAAAGACGUAUUUUUUGCUUUUUCACCAAAUCUCAUCACUGUCCUUGAUCACCAAAAGUGAUGAGAUUUGGUAAUAAACAAUACGCAUGGACCAGAUUCAUCUUGUCUUUCUUUUCUUUUCUUUUUUUCAUCAUUAAUUCUCAUAUCUUUUAGUGAUCCAAUUAAGCGAAAGAAUUCUUUGUUC